AUGACAUUUCUGGAAAAAGAGGAUGAUCCAGAAUCCCUAUACGUUGGAAAAUUGAUCCGCAAGGAACAGACAACUUACAGCAAUCCCGAUCAUAUCAGAUAUAUUCCGAAGGAGGAGUAUCCUCUUCAGUUUCUUCCGCCCCACAUUGCCAGUGGAGCCUAUCUAGUCAGCAUCAACGUUGCCAAAACGCUUGUGUCUAAUUUUGACUCUGUAAAAAUGGUUCGCGUGGAUGAUGUGUUCUUGGGACUCGUUGCAAUGUUAAGUGACGUCAUUUUAGUUCACUCCAAAAAGAUAACCCUUGAAAAUUGUGCCAAAUUCACAAAGAUGUUAGCGUGUAGGGCAUUCACUUCGGCAGAGGAAACACUCAGUGCGUGGGAGGAAUCGUUUGAGAUCAAUUUCUGA